AUGGCCUCGUACUUCAUGCCAUCGUUCUUCCAGAAGCGGCUACUCAAAUACGCCCUGUCUCGCGUGGGUCUGGUCGACACAGAGGCCUUGGAUCUAGAUAACCUAGGGAUCCGCUGGGGCCAGCGGUCUACUAUUGAGUUAAGAGAUAUUGGCCUCAUACUAGAGAAAUUAUCAACUAUCCUCAAUCUACCUCCCUCAUGCGAGCUACUCAGCGCCCGGGUACGGUUCCUUCGUCUCACACUCCCAGCCGAUUUCCACAAUAGCGGCAUCCUCUGUGAGGCAGACGGUAUCGACAUACACAUUCGUUUAUUGCCCGAGGAGUUAAAUCAGGAGAAACAAGGGAAACGAAAUGCUGAAAAUUUGGCGGUGCCCACACCGUCUGGUCUUGCGGAGUCGUUCCUUGAGUCGGAGCCCAAAGAAGAAAGAGAGGAGCUACAAGCUGCGAUAUCGUCACAGUCCCAAGUCCUGCCUCAUGAUCCAUUAGCAUGGGGCGCCGACGGGGACGAAGAGGAGGGUCUUGGGAAUGAGACGUUGUCAUUGCCGAGCUUUGUGGCCGGGUUCUUAAAAGGAGUGGUGGACCGACUCCAACUCAAGAUCAGAGAUGUGUCUGUGCGAGUGGACAUGGAGUUGAAGCAGGAUGCACCAUCAAAACAGCAACCUGAACACAAGCCGGAUCUUGUUUCAGGUCUGUUGAGUGUUGGGGAAAUCGAUGUACACGGAGUAUCUGAGAAAACCCAUGGAUUGGAGGACGCUUUGCCUUUCCGGGAAGGAAAGCGGCUUAUUUCGAUCUUGGACAUCAAUCUUGGCUUGAUUGCGGACCCAAUGGUGUUCUCGAACUAUUCUCGGUUUGCUGCUCCUGCCUCUCCGACGACGACAAUGCGUUCAAAGGGGAGCCAACCGUCAAGUAGAGCAUCAUCUCCUUCUCCCUUGGACAGCUCUGAUUCAGACAUCCUCGCUAUGACCCAAUCGACUAUCUUGGAACGACCACAAGCAUUUGAUCUUCCAAGUGCUUCCACUCAUAGCUUAGAGGCGUCUGAAUUUUCCAAUGAUGGACGAUUCUCAGACGCAGACUCAGAGUCAGGGAGUCGCCAUGGCGGAUACCUGGAAGACUCUCGGAUGUUUGGUGAUGACCCAUUCCAAGACAACCCAGGAUAUUUGGACUCGGUGAUCGAUAAUCAAUUUGAUGAUUUCGAUGAACAGCGGUCACCGAUAAUACGUCCCCAAGAGGGUCAAGCAGCAAGGAGUGAAUGGAAAGGCUACUCCUUCCCUGGCCCAGAAAGCAUUUAUCAAAGCCAUCAUGCCUCAUACUCCGAGCAUGCCCCAAUUCCAACAGACAGCUAUCAUGGGUCCCAGGCCUACAACACAUGUCACGGCCAGAUUGGCUCUGAAACCGACCAGACCACACAAUCCAUCCAGCAUUACAAUAAUUACGAUGAAAAUGAACGUAACGAAACAUCACGAUUAAGCGCAUCAUCCCACCCUUCGAGCACAUCUUCGGCUUCUUCAGAGCCUAACAGCCCACACUCACAGGGAAAACAACCAAGUGCCGAUCUUAACGAGUCCAAGUACUUCUCCCAUAAUGAAGCACAAAGUCUUUACAUGAGUGCUAUCAGCCAGGAAGCGAGUGAGAGCUUCAUGCCGAACAUGCCAGGGGCAUGGGGCUCGUUUGACGGAGCAUCAAAGUCACAAAGUACCUCUAGUGAUCAUUCUACAAAUAUUCCACCUGCCGAUUUGGCGCAGUCGACCCUGGUUGAAAAUGAAGCGAUUUCGAAAUCUACAACUUCCUUAGAGGAAGGCUUCACUGAGCAGCAUUAUUUGGACAAUGAAGCUCGGUCUCUGUCAUUGCACAAGGACAGACCUUCAACCCCAUCAAGUCCUGGUCUCCACAGGAUCAAUGAAAUGCGAAAGUCAGUCUUGACUGUCGAUAAGAUUUUCCUAUGGGUCUCAUCUCCUAGUUCCGAAGAAGAAUCGUUAGAAGAGCCGUCACCUAUGCCCCAAAAGGAGAAGGAAGACAUUGACCUCAAAGAAUCCACUGUUGGCUUCGAGGAUUCUGCACCCGAAGAAAGCCUCAUAGCCUCUAGGGCUUACAAGUCUACUCGGUUUGGAAAAUGCGUUGUUGAGGAACAAGCCCAGUCGGGCUCUGGAAAUGAGCUACCUGGAAUCGCCGUGGAAGUGCUUUCUGCCUCGCUCCAUUUUGAUAUUGCCACCGGGUGGCUUCUCACCAAGAUAGGACAGAAGGUAUUGCAUGCUCUUGGUACGGCUGAAAACGAGGCGCCUGAGAAGCAGCCCCGAAGCGAUCAAUCCGAGCGCAAACCACCCGUUCAUCUUGUCGUCCAUGCGUUUUCAAUAAGAAUGCCGGCUCGCCUUUGUAUCCUCCCCUACAAUAUCGAAGAUGUGAUCCUUCGUCUAACUUUAUCUGGCCUGGAUGCUCGCCUUUCAACUCAAGGUACCAGCACCAAGCUGAAUCUUGACAUAUCCAAGUUUGCGUUUGGGUUUGCAUCGGAAGAUAUCAUCUUCUUUGAUGAGAUGUUGAAGAUGCGUGAAUCUACACGGGAUGUGCUCUCCCCCACCCAAGGAGACAUCUCUAUCUCUCUGGCCAAGUCGCCAGAUCUGGCUAAAGUUGACAUUUCUACGUUACCUCUUCAUAUCGACCUCAAUAUCCAGCGACUGGAAGAGGUUUUAGGCUGGAUGGGUGGCCUGAGUACCAUCCUCGAACUUGGAAGUUCCAUGUCGUCGGUGUCCACAGUGAAAGGAAGCUCUCCACUCUCUAACCAGCGCCCCCGUGGUGUCCACUUCGAAACACCCGCUCCAAUUGUAGAAACGGUUAAAAGCACGUCGACUCUCUGGAAAAUCAAUGCCCGAGUGGGUGCUAUCCUGUUGGAUGUUACUGGAGAGACUCACUGUCUUCAGCUGACGACGACCGCCGUCAAAAUUGUCAGCCGGUUCGAAGGGAUUGGUAUCCAAAUAGACAAAGCGAAACUCAUUGGGCCACUUUCGCUUGCUGACAAUUCAGCGGACUCUCCUGCGAAGAUUACCCUGAACAAUAUUCGUCUUGAGUUCCUGUUUGCUCCUAAGGAGGUUGAUCUUGAUCGGCUCUUAACGUUGAUUACGCCAUCCCAAGACAAAUUUGAAGAAGAAGACGAUAUUAUGCUAGACACGCUGUUGCGACAGCGGCGACAAGGGUCGGUUCUUCGUGUGACAGUUGGACGCUUGGAAACACUUAUUUCAGAUACAAGUGGGUUGGAACCUCUUACAUUCCUUGGCGCCGAGCUGAGUCGACUUUCCAAUGUUACCAAAUACUUGCCUGAAGAUGAUCGCCCUGGCAUUCUCACUCUGGUCCUGGUCCGUGACUUACACGGAAAUGUCCACAUUGGUGGAGAAGUUGGGGAUAUAAAAAGUCAUCUUACUGGUGUUGAAGUUGCACACAUCACCAUGCCCUCGCUAACUGCGGCCCAAAUCGGAACUAUGGCUGUCAGUCGGAAUGGCGAUGAGAUUCUGGUGAAAGAAGCCCUGUGGCCGCCGAACAAAUAUCAGGAUCCAACCCUUUCUCGCCCGCCGGUCCUCAUGGCUCGUUUCAUUCCCGAUGAGAUGGAUCCAACUUAUAAAAUCAAAUUGCACAAUCUCCUUGUCGAGUACACCGUACCAUCAGUGACGGCCUUCCUUGGACUGGGAGGCGACAAGAUGAGCGGGGAUUUGGCCAGUAGCAUGGCUAAUUCCAUCGCCAGUCUUACGGAGCACUCCAUACUAUUACCAGUCUUGACUGGGUCAGAGAGACUGAAUGCAUCCCUCAGUUCAGCGAAGCCGCUCAAACUGGCAGUUGUGUUCCGGGAUUGUGUGCUUGGCUUGAAUCCUCGCAAUUCCCCCGCCAAAGGCCUCGCCGUUCUCACCAAUGCCAAAUUUGGAGGAAGCAUGCGUGGAGAUGAAUCCGCAGAAGCAUCGUUCGAUAUCAGAAAAGCCUCGCUCAUGAUCAUUGAUGACGUAUGGCACGAGGGUGCUGAUAAUCUGCACCAACGCAGCUCGGCUGUUGCUCAGACUACCCAAGCUCAAGCUUAUAUCGACCAAGGUUAUGUUCCCGUGUCUUCGAUCUCAUCGGCAACUGCUGGUGUUAAACUGAAUAGUGCAGAAGACGGGACAAAGUCUCUGGAUGUCGAGCUGAAGGAUGAUCUGUUGAUUCUUGAGACUUGCGCGGAUUCAACUCAAACACUCAUCAGCAUUCUGAAUGGUCUUCAACCUCCCACUCCGCCAAGCGUUAGUGUUAAAUAUCGAACAGAGGUUAUGCCUAUCCAAGACAUGUUUGCCUCAUUUACCGGGGAUGCAUUUGCGGCUGAUCCCACUAUUCCUAUUCACGAUGACCUGAAAGCCAACUCCGGAGAACCAUCCUUGGAAGAUCAGCUGACUGACGAGCUUGAAUAUGUCAGCGACUUCUAUCCCGUCAAGGGCGGUCCUGGUGGUGUGGGCGCUGAAAGCCUGGAAGCAGGAUCUAACGAUCUUCUGAACAGCUUCCAUUCUCAUUACGAAGUGUCUUCCAGCAUGACAGAAUUAGACUUCCAGGAAGACCACUUCGCCAAGAAGUCAGCAGUAGGCGGAACUGCACAUCGAUGGGACUCGACCCAGAACACCUACGGUAUUACCAACGACACAAAGCUCGAACGUAGUCCUUUGCGUGUACGCGUACGAGACGUGCAUUUCAUCUGGAACCUCUUUGAUGGAUAUGAUUGGCAACGCACCCGCGACACAAUAUCUAAAGCCGUUAAGGACGUGGAGAUCAAGGCUACAGAGCGACGUGCUAGGGGCUCGCGGGUACCAUCUUCAACAGAAGACGAAGAGGAGUCUGUCAUUGGUGACUUCCUCUUCAAUUCUAUCUAUAUCGGCAUCCCAGCCAACAAGGACCCACGCGAACUCCAUCGCGAGAUCAACCAUGACAUUGAUGAUUUGACCAGUGAGACCGGGAGCUAUGCAACAUCAACCACUGUGACUGGGGCGGGCAGUCGCCAGGGCCGCCCGACUUCCAAGAGAGAGAAGAAGCUGCGACUGCAUCGGAGCAAGCAUCACAAAAUGACAUUUGAGUUGAAGGGUGUCUCCGCCGAUUUGAUUGUCUUCCCGCCGGGCUCGGAAGAGACGCAAAGCUCGUUGGAUGUGCGGAUCAAGGAUCUCGAGAUCUAUGACCACGUUCCGACAUCUACAUGGAAGAAGUUCGCAACCUACAUGCGUGAGGCUGGCGAGAAAGAAAGCGGCACCAGCAUGAUUCAUCUUGAAAUUCUGACUGUGAAGCCUGUGCCCGAGCUAGCUGCUUCCGAGAUUGUUCUUAAGGCCACUGUUCUCCCUAUUCGGUUACACGUUGAUCAAGAUGCUCUCGACUUCAUGAGUCGGUUCUUCGAGUUUAGAGACGAAUCCGCAGAGCCAUCGGGCACCCCGGGCGAUGUUCCAUUCCUGCAACGAGUGGAGGUCAAUGCUGUGCAAGUCAAACUAGAUUUCAAGCCCAAGCGGGUUGACUACGCAGGACUUCGCUCCGGCCGCACGACCGAGUUCAUGAACUUCUUCGUCCUAGACGGUGCUGACAUGGUACUACGACAUGUGAUUAUCUAUGGAGUGUCUGGAUUCGACCGAUUGGGUCAAACGCUCAAUGAUAUCUGGAUGCCGGACGUCAAGAAGAACCAACUCCCCGGCGUGCUCGCCGGUCUCGCACCAAUCCGGUCCUUAGUCAACGUCGGAGGCGGCGUUCGCGACCUCGUUGUUGUUCCGAUGCGCGAAUACAAAAAGGACGGCCGAAUCGUGCGCAGCAUCCAAAAGGGCGCACUCGCCUUCGCCAAAACAACCUCCAACGAGCUAGUCAAGCUCGGAGCCAAACUCGCCAUCGGGACGCAAACCGUUCUCCAAGGCGCCGAGGACAUGCUGACUACGCCUAAUGCGACAACCUUCGACGACGAUUCCCUUGACGAAGACGAAGCGAAGAAGAUCUCCCUCUACGCCGACCAGCCGGUUGGGGUGGUGCAAGGACUGCGCGGGGCAUUCAGCGGUCUAGAACGUGAUCUGCUCCUGGCUCGUGACGCAAUCGUUGCGGUACCUGGCGAGGUGGUCGAGAGCGGCAGUGCCAAGGCCGCUGCAAAGGCCGUGUGGAAGCGUGCCCCGACGGUGAUCCUCCGACCCGCCAUCGGAGUUUCCAAGGCCGUGGGACAAACUCUGCUCGGCGCGGGGAAUACCCUGGACCCGAGCAAUCGGCGUAAAAUGGAAGACAAGUAUAAACGGUACUGA